AACAUAGGGGUGGGGUAAUGUGUGCGGAAGUGAAAUCAAAACUCCGUGCAAGCCACCUCGAUCCUGUGAUAGUUAGUAGUCGUUAGUGAUCUGUGAGCCAAAGGUCGAUAGAUCUUCAUAUAAUUGUGAAAUCAUGGAAUCAGACAAGUUACUACAUGCCGCUAACUUUAGCACACUGUUUGUGUGCAUGGUGCUAAAGUUUCCGCAAAUAUUUGUUUUGAUGCGCGCGAAAUCGACAACGGGUGUCAGCCUCAACAGUCUUCUGCUGGAGCUAACCGGCUCACUGGAUCCUGACACUCUGCCAGAAUUACACUGGCUCUCAGGCAUGGAAGGAGUGGUAGGCCUUCAGCAUGGGUUCAUUGUGUUUGUCACCUACCAGAUGUACUAUGACUACCCACCCCCAACCUACUUGGAGUACCCCAUCCUCAUUGCUCAAGAUGUCAUCCUCCUGCUCUUGAUUCUACAUUACAAUGGCAGCCUGAAGCAGAGUCUGAUCUAUGCAGUUGUGUUUAUGGGGGGCUGGCAACUACUCACUGUGCAGAAGUGGAUAAUUGAUUUGGCCAUGAGCCUGUGUACAUUCAUCAGUGCUGGCAGUAAGUUUGCCCAGCUCCAAUGCCUGUGGCAGUCCAAGGACUCAGGCCAGGUUAGCGCCCUCUCCUGGGGUAUGGCUACCUACACAUGUUUUGCAAGGAUUUACACCACCAGUGUGACAACUGGAGACAUGCAGGUUCUGGUGCGAUUUAUUGUCAUGGCACUGCUGAAUUCAUGGGUGCUAGCUACAGUCUUGUACUACAGGAAAAGGUCUGGGGAAGUACAGAAGAAGCAGGAUUAAGUCUCCUGUCACAAACAGUUAUUACCUCCAAUGUCUAAAACUGGACAAUUUGUCUGCACUCCCUUUUUCAAUGUAUAAUUUCACCCAGACAUGAAGCUGAAGACUGUGUGUGACAAAUGGACAGGUGGCAACCCAACCAUUUUGAUAUCAAAAGGGUUAUUUUCUAAAAAGUUUGGUACCAUUCUUUUUAACAUUAAUGCUGGUUAUAAGCCAGACAAUUAAACAUUCCAUUUGACAACAGGUCAAGUUAGUGCAAAAUAUUAAAAAAUGUGUUGAGCUAAUAUAUUGGGUGUGUUAAUCCUUUCUGUUGAGAUGCAGAUGUUUCUCAGGAUAAAACAUUAAACAGCUGUAACUUUCAAUUUAUUUUCUAAAGAUUUUAAUCAAUAAACCAUACCACCUUUGAAA